GAUCGAAAAAGGCCUGCACUAUAGGUUAUUGGUAGCUCACUGGAAAUCGUCUGUCUUGUUGUCGAUCGCUCCAAUUUGUUUAAGAGGUUUAGAAGAACGAAGACCUUUGGUGAAAAAAUAAUUAUUCUACGUACAACUAAUCUGUGUUGGAUAAUUAUUUGAAGAUAUUUUGAGUAACCCAUUGCAGAGUGUCUGUUCGUCAGAUUUUGUAUUGUUUGUCGCUAAGUCGACUUUCUUGGUGUGGAAUCCAUCGGUGUUUCUUCACGGAUUUUAGUAAAGAAGCAUUAUGUUAGCAUAUCAGACGAAAAGAAGGACCCGUGAACACACGGGCCCAACGCCGCAUUCAGUGGCAAUUAAAGCUAGAAUGCCCAGCAGAUUUCCUCCAGAUCAUUUGAUUUUAGAGCGCCGUAAACAGGAUGACAUGCGAGAAGAAGCCGAGUCAUUGGUACGAUACAAUAAAAUGUAUGACCUAAAAAAUGACUGGGAAAGCACCACAGACAGACGCAUUCAACAAAACACAGUUAAAAGAAAGGUGAAAAAUAUGUUACAACAAGAAGAAUUCAGCUUAGAAGACAGAAGGCAGAGGUUACGUGAUCUUCUCUCUGCUGAGGAGGACCAAUACCUCAAAGAGAUGGAAGACAAACAAGAAACCGUGAUAGAAAGACAAGCUAAAAUGAGAGAAAGAGCAAAGUUCUUGAAAGAUAAGCGAGAAAAGGAAAGGCUACAGGUAGUUGCAGAGAAACUUGACCAGAGGUGGAGGGAAGAGUGUGAAGAAUUAAGGUCAACACUCACUCGUCGUCACCAAGAUGAGGUAUGCACAGAACGCAUGAAGCAACUGGAACUCAAGGAUCAAAUGGAACAACAGAGACUGGAAGAUGAGCGCAUGUAUGCCUACAUGUGGGAACAAGAUAGACUUGCCAAAGCAGCCAGGGAAGAAAGAGAAACCAAAGAACAGAUGGCUAGAAACAGAGAAGUGCUGGAAACAUUACAAGUACAGAUGGCGGCACUGCAGAAACAAAAAUUAGAAGAGAAAAGACUGGUAGCUGAAGAAGCAGAACUUUUGAGAGAACAAAAUAAGCUACGUAAACUGGAAGAGCAGCGUGCAUUGGCAGAGAAAAGAUCCAGGCAAGCAGCCAUGAGAAGUGAGUUGGAUAAAUCAUUGAAAUUAAAAAUGAAGAAGAGAGCCAAAGAAAUGCAAGAAGAACUUGCACUUGAUAUGAAGAUUUUAGAAGAACUGUUGGAAGAAUCCCGCAAUGAAGCUAAGGAACAGGAGCAAAGAAAGCGUGAAUUGCGUGAAGAACAAAUUCGUUAUCGUGCCUAUCUACGUAAACAGUUGGAAGAGGAGAAAGAGCGUGAGAAGGAGCUAGAUCGUGUUAUCACUGCAGAGGUAGAGAAACAAUGGCAGAAGAGACUUGACCAGUGGGAUAGAGAACAUGAGGCAAGGAAGAGACUCAUGCAAGAAGUCUUAGCAGAGAGACAGAAACAAGUUGAAGCCAAGUUGUUAGUCAACAAGGAGAAACAGGAAGAAGCCCGUAAAGAAUGUGAAGCCAUGCUUGCAGCCAUUGAGGAACACAAACGUCUAGAAGCUGAGCGAGAGGCCAAGGUGAAAUCCCAGAAUUUACAAUACCAGAAUGAUCUUGAAGGACAAUUAGAUUAUGAAAAACGUGUGAAGGAGGUAGCUAAGGAUGAAGAAUACCGAGAGUAUUUGAAAGGACUUGAUGCUGAAGCACAAUAUCAGGCCAAAUUAAAAGAGGCACUUUCUAGACCAGUCAUUGACAAAUCUCAUCCAAUGAGGAAAGCAUAUAUGGCCAGAAAUGCUGCAUAUCAAUAUACAAUAUUUGUAAUUUUCUACAAGUAAAUAUUCAUAAAACUGACACCACAUGUGGAUUAUAUAUGGUAUUACUGGUUUACUCUUUAUCUACAGACUUCUUUUUGUUUAUUUUACUGUGUAUCCGUCCUCUAUGAUCACAUUUUUUGCCACUUCCAGAAAUCAAGUUAAAAAUUUUAAUUUCAGUUUAUUUUGGAAGUGAAAUGAGUAUAAUCCAUUUAAUAGAUACCAGGCAUUUGUAUUAUAUUAACAUUUGAGCAGAAUUAAUUAAACGUUGUUAUGCCUGAUAUUUAAAUAUUUAUCAUUCCUACAGUAUGGUAAAUACUGUGAUUGCCAUGUUUUGUGGUAACUGGGGUCAUGAGAGGUCAUUGGUACAUACAGGACGAAGCCUUUCUAGCUAACCUGUCAAUAUCAAUCAUUUAGAAAAUCACCCAGUCCUUUCCUUGCUCCACUGUUUGUUUGAUUAGUAGUGUGAAAACCAACAUCUUUGUAUCUCCCAUGAUGGUUUAACAUGGAUAUUACAUUAUCUAUGUAAUUGUAAAUAGUUGUUAUAAAUAAAUAUUUUGUUAGUAUG